GCAGGGCAAGGGGGAGAUCAUCGCCAAUGACCACGGCCACCGGACCACGCCCAGCUACGUGGCUUUCACUGACACGGAGCGCCUGGUGGGGGACCCCGCCAAGAGCCAGGUGGCCCUCAACCCCCAGAACACCGUCUUUGAUGCCAAGCGGCUGCUUGGCCGCACGUUUGAGGACCCCCUGGUGCAGCUAGACAUGAGGCACUGGCCCUUUCGGGUGGUGAGUGAUCACGGGAAGCUCAAGGUGCAGGUGUCCUUCCAGGGGAAGGAGAGGACCUUCUACCCUGAGGAGAUCUCCGCCAUGGUGCUCGCCAAGAUGAAGCAGACGGCAGAAGCCUACCUCGGCUGCCCCGUCACCCAGGCCGUCAUCACGGUGCCAGCCUACUUCAACGAUUCCCAGCGUCAGGCCACCAUCGAUGCCGGGACGAUUGCAGGCCUCCAUGUCUUGAAGAUCCUCAAUGAACCCACCGCGGCCGCCAUUGCUUAUGGGUUGGAGGCCAGCAGGGAAGGGGGAGGGAAUCGUAACAUCCUCGUUUUCGAUCUGGGCGGCGGCACCUUUGACGUGUCCAUCCUCAGGGUGGACGACGGCAUCUUCGAGGUGAAGGCCACGGCAGGGGACACUCACCUGGGCGGGGAGGACUUUGACAACCAGCUGGUGGAUCACCUGGUGCGGGAGUUCAGGAGGAAACACAAGGAGGACCUCAGCCAGGACAAGAAGGCCAUGCAGAGGCUAAGGGCGGCCUGCGAGAGGGCCAAGCGCACACUCUCCUCCGGCACCGCUGCCGCCCUCUCCAUCGACUCCCUGUACAAGGGGGUGGAUUUCCACACCACUGUCACCCGGGCCCGCUUUGAGGACCUGUGCGCCGACCUCUUCCAGGCCACCUUGAAGCCCUUAGGGAAGGCGCUGCGGGAUGCCAACGUGAGCAAGGAGCAGAUCCAUGACAUCGUGCUCGUGGGAGGCUCAACCCGCAUCCCCAAGGUCCAGACUUUGCUGCAGGAGUUCUUCAGCGGGCGGGAGCUGAGCAAGAACAUCAACCCAGACGAGGCCGUGGCCUACGGGGCGGCUGUCCAGGCGGCCAUCUUGACAGGCAACCGGUCGCAGGGUCUGCAGAACAUGCUCCUCCUGGACGUGACCCCGCUGUCUCUGGGGAUUGACACGGUCGGAGGGGUGAUGGCCACCGUGGUCAAACGCAACUCUCCGGUCCCCACCAAGGAAACCAUGGAAUUCACCACGGCGGAAGACGACCAAGAUACGGUUGUGUUCGAGGUCUAUGAAGGGGAGCGACCCAUGAGUAAAAACAACCACCUGCUGGGCACCUUCAUGCUGAGCGGCCUGCCCCCGUCGCGGCGUGGAGAGCCCAUCAUCGAAGUCAGCUUCUCCAUCGACGCCAACAACAUCCUGACUGUGUCGGCGAGGGACACGGACACGGGCAACACCAGCCAGCUCACCAUCACCGACACCAGGGGCCGGCUGGAAAGAGAGGAGGUGGAGAGGAUGGUGAGGGAGGCUGAGGAACACAGGGCCCAAGACGGGGCCCAGCAGGAGAAGAUCGAAGCGAUGAACUCCUUGGAGGCGUGCACGCUCCACCUGAAGCGGGCUGCGGAGGGAGUCCGGGCCCUGGAUGUGCAGGCCAAGAAGAGGGUGUCGGAGAUGUGUGAGGAGACCACCUCCUGGCUGGAGGGCAACCCGUUGGCAGAGAAGGAGGAGUACGAGGAGCGGCGGAGAGAGCUGGAGGAGGUAUGGGACUCUGUCUUCUCCAACCUCAGCCAGAGGCAGGACGUGCCAGGGGAGGCCAGGGAUGAGGAAGAGGAGGAGGAGGCUGCUGGGCCCCAGCGUGGCGAGGAAGAGGGCUGAAGGUGGACUGCACUGUGCUGUCCCGAAAGGACGCAUUAAAAAACCAAGGGACCUGAA